GAAACUCCCCUGAAACAGGAAGGGGAGGAGCGGAUUCUCACUUGACAGACAUGAAAUGAUAUUUUAAAUUUAGUCUGAUGUUCAGACAGUCAGCAGCGAGACACCAUGGAGGCCACAGCUCUCCACAUCAGACUGUCGUGCAGCUCUCUCGCCUCUCCAGUGAUGACUGUUCUGUUGCUACUGGCUGCAGAAGUUGACUUCAGUUAUUCUCAAAAAGCUGAUGCAGGUUUUCCUCAGGUCGUUCCCAACAGUCAGCAGCACUUUCAAUAUGAGCCCUUUGUUGUGAGCUGUGAGGGACUGGAGGGGUUGACUGGAUGGAGAGUGAUGAAGAAGGUGAAGGGAAUUGUUCAAACAUGUGCUUUUAGCUGGUCGACAUCACAGGGACCCUGUACAAUCGAAAAUGCCUUUCCAGCUGACACUGGAGAAUACUGGUGUGAAAUGGGAGGAGGGAAGAAAAGCAAGACUGUCAACAUCACUGUCACUGCUGGUUCUGUGAUCCUGGAGAGUCCCGUGCAUCCUGUGAUGGAAGGAGACGCUGUGACUCUGCUCUGCAGGAUGAAGCCGGCGUUCCCCAACCUCACCGCUGAUUUCUUUAAAGACAGAUAUCUGAUGAAGAGCAGCUCUGCAGGAAACCUCACCUUCACCAGCGUCUCCAGGUCUAAUGAAGGACUCUACAAGUGCAGAAUCUCUGGCGCUGAAUCACCGGAGAGCUGGCUGCAUGUCAGAGCACAAACUAUUAUCACUCCAGCUCCGGUUGAUGAAGAUCCACAGGCCCUUCAGCUCUCUCUGCUGCUCUGGAUUCGCCUGGGUGUUUUUCUUUUCUUGGUGACUCUGCUGCUGCUGAUCGGAUUACUGCGAUGUAGGAAACAGCAAACAUCAACAAACGUCAGAGGUUACUGAGAGCAGCGACAGCUGACUGGCCAAAAGAGAAAUGAAAAGCUUGGUAACGUGCAUGAAAGAAGUCAUACAAGGACACAUAUACAGGAGCCUUUAAUGACCACGCAUGUUUUGUAAUAGUUUUCGAUAGUGUUACAUUCUUCGUCACCUCUGCUGCAGACCACUGACUACUGCUUCUUCAAAAUAUAUAUUUAUAAGUGCUGACUUAAAAUAACUAGACAUGAUUCUUCAUUUUCAUCAGGUGAGAGCGAGACUUUAAGCUAACUCACAGUGUCGUCUAUUUCAAGAGGUAUCAGUUCAUUAGAGUUAAACCGCAUCAUUUCCUCUUCUCACAUCGGAUUACAAGAACAGCGUCGCUGCUGCCUUUAAAAAUAAUCACUGUGCUCACACACUGUGACAAAUACUCAUACUAAUAUAUGUAAUACUGAUUGUUAGGAACGAUCAAAAUUACCUUUUCCAUGAGCAAGAAGAGGGGUAUCAAAUACUGUUGUGGUGUUGAAUAUUGUGUAGUAUAUCUGUUUAUUGUAAUAUUGAAUAUUAAUAGGCUACAUCAAAAGAUGUUCUACCUCAGAUUGGUACAUUGCAACAAGA